GGCUGAGUAAUUCGAAAAAAAAAAAAUAAUUUUUUAAAAUCUUAUCUGUAAAUAAUCAUUUUAUCAAAAAAAUAAGUUGAGAUUAUCUCACCGCCGAGUGAUUCACGUGUUAAAAAAAAUAUAAAAUAAAAAAAAAAUCAACAAAUAUGCGCGAAUUCAAGGUUGUUGUUCUCGGCUCCGGAGGAGUUGGGAAGUCAGCAUUGACAGUACAAUUUGUCUCCGGAUGUUUUAUUGAAAAGUACGAUCCAACGAUUGAGGAUUUUUAUCGAAAGGAAAUUGAGGUUGACGGCUCACCGUGUGUGUUAGAAAUUUUAGAUACUGCCGGCACAGAACAGUUUGCAUCGAUGCGAGAUCUGUACAUCAAAAAUGGUCAUGGCUUUAUUGUAAUGUAUUCCCUCACAAAUCACCAAACAUUUCAAGAUAUUUCGAGUAUGCGAAAUGUAAUCAGUCGGGUAAAAGGUAGUCAGCCAGCACCAAUUCUCCUAGUCGCCAACAAAUUAGAUUUAGAAUGCCAAAGAGAAGUCACCACAGCAGAAGGAAGCGCCCUCGCCGAAAUCUGGGACUGCCCAUUCAUAGAAACCUCAGCGAAAGACCGACUUAAUGUUAACGAAGUAUUUGCGACAGUUGUGCGAGAGAUGAAUAUGACGUCAGAAAAACGUCAUAAGAAAAAUUACUGUUGUUGUACUUUGUUAUAGAAGUGGCAUUAAGAGCUUUCGGUUUUUUUUUUGAGUUAAGGAGAAAAAAAAAUUUUUAUAUUAAUUUUAAAUAAAAUAUAUAUAUGUUUAUAUAAAGAAGAAAAGUAAAAAUUAAAAAUCAUAAAAAAAUGUACAUGUAUAAGUUAUAUAAAAAGAAGAAUUUAAAAGUGUAAAAAAAUAUUUGUUAGACAAAAAAAGAUAU